CUUUAAAAAAAAAAAAAAAAAUCCACAUUUUUCUCUCUUCAAUUUUUUUUCUUCCUUCAAGCAGGACCCCUCUGCCAAAAUUAAAGCAGGACCCCUACCUACUUUCAAGCUCACCGUUGGGUUCCUGGAGAUACGAAUACUCUUCCCUUCUUCAUUUUUCGCUUGUUCCGACUGCAGAGCAUUUAUUACUAAACCCUCAGUUUUAGUGGUUUCGUAGUCUGUAGUACAGAAAUGGUUGGCGUUUCACCAGCUGAUUUACAGCCUCAAAGAUUCUGUAAUGGCUGACCUACGGAUCUGAGUACUGUACAUUCUUAAAAACGAAGACCCAUCUCUUAUUCCUCGGACUACAUGCUGAGUUUGGCAUGUUACAUUUUGUGCCCAGAAGUGUUGGUGUCGGUUGCGGUUCCAUAAUUGGAAGUUGGGAACAGAGCUACUUUCCAUGGAAAUGUUGGAGGUAUCCCACGAGUGAAGACACCGAAUUCACAGCUUAACUCAUUAAAAAAAAAAUCAUGAAAUGGACAUUCCUGAAGAUAAUGAAUAUCUUUAUAGUGCCAUCAUAUUGCAGAUCUUGCCAUGAAACAUGUUUUAGGCGCUGAUUUUUCCUUUGGAACAAAUUGGAGAUAAUUUCUAGCGUUCAACUGGAAAGCAGAAUGGUGUUGUCUUCAUUUAGGAUAUGUUGCCUAUAGCAGUGUUGUUUGAUUCCUUUGGUAAGAAAUUACAUCCUGGGUUCUCAAUAUAGCAGGGAUAUCUUGGUUCCUUUUAAUGGCUUCAAUUAGAAGAACUUUUUCUCCAGUGCCACACGCUGGAGCUAUGCAGAAUGGGGAGGUGCUUUCAGUGGCUUCUCCCUUGCCCAAGUCAUCGUCUAGUCCGGGCUACUCAUCAUUAGGAGGAUCUUUAUCAGCAGAGUCUGUUUCAGUGGAUUCCUGUUCGGUUCUAUAUAGACUUCAAGCUGCUCUUCUUAGUAUUCUAUCUCGGAGAUAUCGGCCGUCGGAGAGGUCAAGAGCAAAGGGGCAACUAUGGCGGAGGGCUUUUGUCCAUUUCUUUAUUUGCUUUAUGGUUGGACUUUUCAUUGGAUUGACCCCGUUUAUCUCAAUGAACGUCUCAAUAAAUCUUGGGUCCAAGCAGCAGGCCUUCUCCUUUGAGGUCAUCGCUCCAGAUGGAAAUGCACAUCAGCACGAAGGUACCUCAAAUAAGGGACCUCAUGUUGAGGCUCGAAGAUUCAAGGACAACGCCAGUUUAGAGACACGGGCAGUGAAACCGGAGCUGCUGCUUGAAAUUUCUGAUGAUAAACUUGAUGCCCAAAUUCCUUUUCAUGAUUCUGAUCUUAUGUACAGGAAGCUUUUGAUAAUUGUGACACCUACUUAUGCUCGGCCAUUGCAAGCCUAUUACUUGAAUCGACUAGCUCAGACAUUAAGACUGGUCCCUCCUCCUCUACUCUGGAUAGUUGUGGAGAUGUUCUCCCAAUCUGCUGAGACAGCUGACAUCUUGAGAAAAACAGGUGUUAUGUAUAGACAUCUUGUGUGCUACAAGAACCUAACCAGUGUGAGAGAUAGACGUGUUCACCAAAGAAAUGUGGCGUUGUCUCACAUUGAAACACAUCAUCUCGAUGGAAUUGUGUACCAUGCAGAUGAUGAUACUGUGCAUUCCAUCAAUCUUUUUGAGAAAAUGAGGGAAAUCAGGCGUUUUGGUACAUGGCCAGUUGCUUUAUUAACAGCAAGCGGAAGUAAAGCAGGACUAGAGGGUCCUGUCUGUAAUGACAGCCAAGUUAUUGGAUGGCACACAAACAGAAGAAACAGGAGAUUCCAAUCUGAAAUAUCAGGCUUUGCCUUCAAUAGUACCAUACUUUGGGACCCAAAGAGAUGGAACCGGUCCAAUCUUGAACCCAUUAGGCAGCUUGACACAGUCAAGAAAGAAGUCCAAGAGAGUAUGUUCAUUGAACAAGUCGUAGAGGAUGAAAGCCAAAUGGAAGGCUUAGGAAAGGACUGCUCAAGAAUCAUGGUUUGGCAUCUUCAUCUGGAAGCAUCCCAUCCUUUCUAUCCUUAUGGGUGGUUCAUGAAGAAAAAUCUAGACACAGUUGCACCGCUCAUUUGAAGCUUGUAGUACUGCAAUAAGUCCAUUUGCAGAACCAAAUGGUUCCAGUUCUUCAAACAAAAGUGGGUUUUCCAAAGCAUUCUGCUGCCAUAAGGGAAGAUUUGUUUGGAGAAGUGGCUGUUCCCUGUCAAUACCUUCUCAUCUCCAGUUGGACUCCACCAGUCUUACAACCUUACUACCUUUAAUUUAUGCUGGUUUAGUUUACCAUUUAGCAUGGGACGCAAUUCUUUUUGGUUCUAGACUCUUUUCUAGAUUCCUUUUUUCUUUUCGGUAGCAUUUUUCUCUCUGUCAUAGGUUAAACAUCUUUGUACAGAUAUUUGAGUUUGUGGUCUUCCAAGCUCUACCUUGAUUGCCCUCCUCCAGAAGGGAUGUUGAAGUUGAAAACUAUCAUCCCAGCUAGGAUAUGCAAGUAUUCAGGUUUUGAGCAAUAAGCACCUUGUUUUGCCCUGCAACAUUGAUGUAAGUGCUUGUAUUUCUUCUUAAGCUCCACCUGAACAAGGAUGGAGACCGGAGGACAUUAUUUAAGGGUUUGAUUCUGAGCACGAUUGUCAUUGGUCCUCUUUGAAGUCCUCUGUUGAAGUCAUUUAACUCCUUAUAUUUUGCUUGACGUCCCUUGCUCAAUGAGAACAAGUGUUCAUGGUAGAAUUCUAAAACUAAAUGGAACAGAAUCUCAAUUUUGAGUUCUUACUGAGUCUCCUGAACCAAGAGAGUAGGUAUAUAUAGUCAAAGCAAACAGUAGCCAAUUUGUGGAAAACACUAGAUGCGGCCAUUUGGUGUAAUACAGUUUUUUGUUUUGGAUAAAAUCCAUCGCUGUACAUUCUGGCCGUGCUCA